AUGAUGGGAAUCAUCAUACUCCUCAACGCUAUCGAGAUUGGGAUACAGACCGACGCGACAGAUCCGGACCAUCCGAUCUUCGAGACCUUGAAUGUCUUCUUCGUUCUGGUAUACAUUGUCGAGCUCAUCAUCAGAAUCUACUACAAUCGUGCUGAUUUCUUCAACGAUGCAUUCAACAUUUUCGACUGCAUACUCGUAUUCAAAACGAUAGUCGAGACUUUUAUCGUCUCUGGCUCGGCCCUGAAGUCCCUUCUAAGUCUCCGCUUGGUACGGAUGAUUCGCCUCAUCAGACUUGUCCGUUUACUGAGAUUCUUCCGAGAACUAUGGCUAGUCUUAACAGGGAUCAUAGCUAUGUUAAAGACCCUCGCUUGGGUGACACUGCUACUAUUCUCGCUUACCUGGGUCUGUGCGAUCCUCUUGCGAUUGGUCCUCGGCAAGUCUACUGCCUGGGCUUUCACAACCCGUCAGAUCGCCGGACCUUAUGAGUUCUUCGACCCAUACGAAUACUUCGGAACCCCCUGGGCUGGCUUGCUAACGUUGUUCCAAGUUACAACGCAAGACAACUGGAUGAUAAGUGUAGCUCGGCCAGUGUGCCGAAUCUACCCCAUCAUGUGGCUAUUUUUCCUCCCCUACCUUUUCAUAACGGCGUAUGCUAUCCUCAACGUUAUGCUCGCUUCCAUCAUCAACAAUGCUAUCGAAGCCGCUAAAGUAUCCCUCGCUGACGCCGAAAGAGUCAGGCAAUUCUCUUUCCCAGGCAAAUGA